CCUCGCACCUCGUGCUUGUGUUUCCUGCCUCCUGGCCCAAACCAGCUGGACCAGCUCUCCCAGUGCCCUCCUGCAGCCCCCCCUUCCCACCAGCCAAGUCACAGCAUCCAGGGACCUUCAGGCAAACGGGUGGUGGGUCCUGAUCCUGGAGACCUGAAGGUGGGCUUCUGGGCAGAGAUGGCCCUGCAGAGCCAGAUGUGGUCUCCAGCCACACCCAUGCCCAUGGCCGAGAGCUCCCUCUACCGGCAGCGGCUAGAGGUCAUCGCUGAGAAGCGGCGGCUGCAGGAGGAGAUCCGCGCCGCGCGGCGGGAGCUGGAAGAGGAGAAACUCCGCGUGGAGCGGCUCAAGAGGAAGUCUCUCCGGGAGCGCUGGCUAAUGGACGGGGCAGCUGAGGGGACGGAGCGGCCGAAGGACGCCACCUCGAAAGACCCCCAGUCGCCCGAGGGCCAGGCUCAGGCCCGAAUCCGGAACUUGGAAGAUAGCUUGUUCACACUCCAGUCCCAGCUGCAGCUGCUGCAGAGUGCGUCCACAGGUGCCCAGCACAAGCCCUCAGGGAGGCCCACCUGGCGAAGACAGGGUCACCGACCUCUCUCCCAGCCUACCGUGGAGGCAGGUCCCACAGACCAUGCUGAUCUGAACAAGAGAGCCUCCCUACCAGCUGGACCAGUGGACACAUCUCCAGAGUCCCCCUCGGAAGCCAGAGAUGAGGCUGUCAGGGCUCCGUCAGCCCUCAGGCUGUUCCCUGCCGGGGCCUCCUCAGAAGCCAAUGGCCCCUGCCCUGGACCCAGCCCCCCUCCAGAGCAGGAGCCUAGUCAGGCACUGGCAGCAUCCAAGGGGGGCGUGGACGAGGCCAAAGGGGGUUUGGUGAAAGUGGUAUGGGAGGGGCUGAGGGCCACGGAGGACUGUGCCACGGCGGCCACGGGCCCAGAGCUAGAGGCUAAGGUAGAGGAGAUGGUGCUGGAGGCCAUUGGACACAGGCAGGAAGCUAGCUGCCCAGAGCUCCCAUCCUGGGUGAAGGAGGACAGGGGAAUCGUGGAGGUGGUCUGGGAGGGGGUGGGAGGGCCAGACAGUGGGGACUCAGAGGCCACAGGGGAGCUGGGCAGGGGACGGAAGGCUGUGCAGGCCAGCUCACCGAGGCUUCAGGUGAGACUAGAAGGAGCAGCUCCUGGAGAAGGAGGUGUUCCCAGGGGCAGCCCUGACGGUGAUGGGCCAGGGGGCUCUGGAGGAGAGGAGGGGUCUUUCAUUUGGGUGGAGAGGGUGACCCUCAGCGAGGACUGGGAGGAGCUGGGGGUGGAGGGAUUGGAAGGGCCCAGGAUGUGGGGAAAGGGGGGAGGACCUGAGAGUCCACUGGGGGCAGAGAGGGGGGCAGGGGAGGAAGCCAGGGAGGCAGGGAGCGGCCAAGCAGAGGAACCAGUGGGCAGAGGAAAGAAGUGGAGUGAGGAGAAGGUAGGGACAGAGGAGGAAGGAGCAGACAUGUCUCUGAUGGCGGACAGGGAAGGAAGCAAGGACUCCUUGGAAGCAGAGAGGAGGCGGGGUGAGGACAAGCUGGGGACAGAAAGGGAAGCAGCUGAGGAACUGUUGUCAGUAGCAAGAGAGGCAGUUGAGGGACCUUUGAGGGCAGAGAGGGAAAGAGGCGAGGAGCCACUGCAAGUAGAGCUGAAAAGUGCAGAAGAGCCAGAGGCAGAGAAGGAAGAUGAAGAACCGUUGGGAGUAGAGCAGAAAGGAGAUGAGGAAAAGCUAGAGGUGAUUGAAGAACCAGGGGCGUUAGAAAGAAAGGAAGGCGAGGAGUCACCGAUGGUAGAGAGAACAGGAGGUGAGGCUCCAUUGGAGGCCGAGAAAGGGGGAGGUGAGGCGCCACUGGAGGGUGAGAAAGGAGGAGGUGAGGAGUCACUGACGGUAGAGAGAACAGGAGGUGAGGCGCCAUUGGAGGCUGAGAAAACCGAAGCGGUCAAGGAAGAUCUGAGUCUGGAAGAGCAGAGAGAGUCUGAGGGCGGACAGGAAUGUCAGGCAGAGGAGGGGAGUGAGGCAGGGGCUCCCGUGGGGGCCAAGGAAGAGUCAAGGCCAGAAGAGGAAGAUCCAAAGCCCCAGGAGAAGCAGGAAGGCUCCCUGGAGGAGGGAUCUGUAAGGCCCCAAACCCCUGCUGAGGGCCAGGGCCUCUCGGGGGACGCCACCCCCCUCCUGGCAGAGACCCCAGCCCCAGAGCAGCCUGCCGAGUGCCAGCCACUGCUUCGGGCGCAAGGGCCUCGGGCCAACCCCAGUGCCCGGCCUGUGCCCACCUAUGCACCUGCCCGGCAGCCCGAGCCGUCUGCCCCUCCCGAGGGCGAAGAGGCAAGUGGUCCUAAGCAAAAGACGUGCCAGUGUUGUGCGGUCAUGUGAGCCCAUGCCCUCCACCCCACGUCCGGCUCCUCUCACAGCUACCUCGGCCUCUCGGCAUCCAGCAGCGGGUCCCCAGCGCAGACAGGGCGCCACCGGGCUGGCUGGGCCACCUGGGAGCCAGCUGGCCCACACGUCACCUCCUCCCAGGCUUCUGGACGCUUCCCACUGCCUGUGACCCUGGCCCCCUUAUACGACAAAGCCUUUAUACUUGAAAAUAAAACGUUCAAGCAUCCGGA